UUGUUAGGUAGAGCCCAAUCGCCUGCCAAGCCCGGUGGGUUUCCUGAUCCUUACAACUCUCAAGUGACAGGCAGAAAUCCAAAAUAAGUUGUUAGUAAGGGACGCACAAACUGUUUGAAGAUAUUUCUGUUAAGACUUUAAAGUAUGUAAGCAUCUACGCCGCACAAGCUUCAUACCGGAAAGACACGAAUAGCUAAAACAAAAAGAAACAAAAUGGAUUGCAUCUUCUCAUCCAUCACCGCAUAUCCUAUCAUACCGUUGAAAGAAAAGCCAGCAAAGAGCAGUUCUAUAACUACCAUGGCAUAUCCCAACAGCUAUAGAAAGCUACCCAAGAACCUCCGUUAUCCGCGUCGCACCAAGCUUCCUCCUGACUUUGGCGUCAACCUAUUCUUGCAGAAGCCCGGAACCGACACGGCCACUGACACUCAACAAAUAGAUUCAAUUUCCGUUCGCAAUAAUGAUUCAGAAGAAGAAGACGAGGGGAACAAUGUUGUUUGGGAAUCAGAUGAGGUCGAAGCCAUAUCCUCACUUUUUCGAGGAAGAAUUCCUCAAAAGCCUGGAAAAUUAGGCAGAGAGAGGCCUCUACCUCUCCCACUUCCAUACAAGUUACGACCAUCGGGAUUUCCUACGCCAAAGAAACACGUUAAAUUGGCAACUUCUCGUUCGUCUGUAUCAAAACAGUUAUACAAGAACCCAAACUUUCUUAUUGGCUUAGCCAGAAAGAUUAAAGACCUUGCUUUCGAUGAAGAUGUGUCUGCAGUUCUAAAUAGGUGGGCUCCUUUUCUGCGUAAAGGUUCGUUGUCAAUGACAAUCCGGGAAUUGGGUCACAUGGGUCUUCCACAACGAGCUCUGCAAACUUUUUGUUGGGCUCAGGAGCAACCUCAAUUAUUCCCGGAUGAUAGGAUUUUGAGUUCAACUGUCGAGGUGUUGGCAAGGAACCGUGAAUUAAAAGUGCCAGUCGACUUGGAGAAGUUCACUAGCUUGACUAAUCGGAGUUUGAUUGAGGCAAUGGUAAAGGGGUUCAUCAAAGGUGGAAGCUUGAACGUUGCUUGGAAGCUUUUUUCACUUGCUAAGCAAAGUAAAAGAAUGUUGGAUCCAAGCAUUUAUGCAAAGUUAAUGUUGGAGCUUGGAAAGAAUCCUGAUAAACACAUACUUGUGGUGGACUUACUGGAUGAUCUUGGAGUAAGAGAUGAUUUGAAUUUGAGCCAGCUGGACUGUACAGCCAUCAUGAAGGUUUGCAUUAGGCUUGGGAAAUUCGAGAUUGUUGAGAGCUUGUUUAACUGGUUCAAACAAUCUGGGCGUGAUCCAAGUGUGGUCAUGUACACAACAUUGCUUCAUAGUCGUUAUUCUGAAAAGAAAUACAGGGAGGCAUUGGCUCUGGUUUGGGAAAUGGAGGCCUCAGAAUGUGUCUUCGAUCUUCCUGCUUAUCGUGUAGCAAUAAAAGUUUUGGUUGCUUUGAAUGAUCUCUCGAGAGCUGUGAGAUAUUUUUCGAAACUGAAGGAAGCAGGUUUCUCUCCAACAUACGACAUAUAUAGGGACUUGAUCAGUAUUUAUAUGGUUUCCGGGAGACUGGCCAAAUGUAAGGAGGUUUGUAAGGAGGCAGAGAUGGGAGGAUUUUCAUUGGACAAACAUACCUUAUUACAGUUGUCACAACUUGAGAAAGAAAUGAGCCAGGGUGAGACAAGCUUCGCAUUUGAAAGUACAUGGAGGCCUGGAGAAAGCAGUUGAAUGCUAAUGGGUUCCCCCUCCCUUGGGCCUAUUAGAGAUGUAAACCAUUAAUGUAUCGAUGAGGCUCUGCCAUCGGGGUGUUUCGUUGAAUUCUUCCUGCAAGAAGAGUACCCGCGGCUCUUUCCAACACGUCGGUAAUAAAAGCUCCAAAGUUGGUUGCUUCUUGUGUUUGUUAUAUCAGUUACAAAUUCCUGUUUAACUAAUUAACCAAUGGAGUAUAUUUAUAUUUUUAGGAAAACAAUUUGUAUUUUUGGUGCCCUUUAUUGGGUUUGUGAUGUGUAAACAUGCAUGCUGCAAUGCAUAAAAUAAAUUUUAAAAUUUAAAAGAAAAAAAAAAGGAAAGGAAGAUUGAU